CCAUGAGGAUCACAAGAGGAUCUUUCGCCUCUCUUUUUGACGGCUACUUGUUGUUUUUCCGAUGGAUAUCUACGCGUCCGCUUUGUCGCCGGCGCUGGACAUCGGCGCGGGUUUCUACCUGCUGAUUCUAACUGUAUUCUCCAUUGUGGGCAACCUGCUAGUCCUCAUCAUGGCAUUCAGAAGGUCAUCAAGGAUGAAGCCACCGGAGCUGCUGAGCGUGAAUCUUGCAGUGACAGAUCUGGGAGCAGCUGUCAGCAUGUACCCCCUUGCCGUUGCUUCUGCCUGGAAUCAUCACUGGCUUGGGGGAGAUGCUUCCUGCCUUUAUUACGGUCUAGCGGGAUUCUUCUUCGGGGUAGCCAGCAUUAUGAACCUCACUGUCUUGGCUAUCGUGCGUUUCAUUGUGUCCCUGAAUCUGCACUCUCCCAAGGAGAAAAUCAGUUGGAAGAAGGUGAAGAUACUGUGCAUUUGGACGUGGCUGUACGCUCUGAUCUGGGCCCUGUUCCCCGUCCUGGGCUGGGGCCGGUACGGCCCGGAGCCCUUCGGCCUGUCCUGUUCACUUGCUUGGGGAGAGAUGAAACAAGAAGGCUUCUAUUUCGUCAUCUCUUUAUUCUCAUUCAACCUGGUCCUGCCAAGUAUCAUCAUCAUCUGCUGUUACUUUGGAAUCGCUAUAAAGCUUUACUUCACCUACAAAAAGUCAGCAAACAGCAACCAUGUCCCUAAUAUUAUCAAACUCCAUCGGAGGCUCCUGUUAAUUGCGGUUUUGAUCAGCGUAGGUUUCAUAGGCUGCUGGACACCAUAUGGGUUGGUGAGUCUGUGGUCUAUUUUGUAUGACAGUGGGAAAAUCUCAGCUGAAGUAAGCCUGCUUCCAUGCAUGUUUGCAAAGAGCUCCACUGUGUACAAUCCUUUGAUCUACUACUUCUUCAGUCAAAGCUUCAAAAGGGAGGUGAAGAAACUGCUAUGGCUGUGCCUAGGUUCUAAUAAAUGCCACGUCGCCAACAGCAUCAAUGACAACAACAUUUACAUGGUUAGCACUAAUGUCAAGUCCAAAGAAACAGCACUGGACACUUUACAGGAGGUCAUAGAGUCGGGACAGUGACUUUAGGUUGAAAGACUUUGCCGUCUUAUGGAACAUAUUUGAGGAAAAAAGACUGAGCUGGGAUGUCAACCGUGGAAAGACUGGAAGUCUCAUAAUGUCUCACGAACAUUAUCAGAAUCGAAUGAAUUCUAACGUUGGAGUGGUGUUACAAUAAAAUGGUAUCACUGGCCUCUUUUGUGCAUGGCCAUGAUGAAGGAGGGGAUUGAUGGCACAUUGUUAAAAGCUGCGAAUGUCCAGUCCAUACCAACCAUACGAUGGACUUCAAUUCAAGCUGGGAUGUGGAAAAACCCCUUCAACCUUUGUAUCUCAGAAACUGAACUCUACUCACCGAUGUUAAGGGGCAGACCCAAUGGAGCUGCAGAAAUCACGCAUUUCAACAACCGCAAACCAUAAGCUGUACACAGAAUUGCAACAAAUACUUUACACUGAAUUGUAAAUGCAGAGAGGGCAGUCUUUGAUGAUUUCCAGUCUGAUGCUGAUGUUUAGGCAGUUUCCAUUUGCACUGUAUGAAAGCAAUGGCUGUGCUAUCCUUGAACUUCAGCCGGCCCUCCCAGCAGCAGUUGGGAAAUAAAACAGCAAAGAUGCAAUGUUUCAGGUGUUUUGAUCAGUGUGAUUAUAUGAAUAAAUACAAUUUGCAUGGAAAACGACAUUAAGAAUAUGAGUGGUAUUACGUAUUGUUCUGUAUUCUUCACAAUAUUGGUUUUCACUCACAUCUCUUCCAAUAAUCUCUAGUGUUUCCUAAAAACAUCUCCCAGCACAAGUUAGCCUGUAACUUGUUAGUUAUUUUGAGACCCCUAAUCAGUAUUUCCUAGAAAAAAUAAGCCUUUUUUUUAGGAACAUGUCCAAUUACUGAGAUGUUACACAAAAUCACAAGAAACUAAAGAAGAGACUAUUCCUCCAUACUUCCUGUUGCUUUUCCUUUGUU